CUGUAGAAGACAGAAAAAUCUGCUGAAUAAUAAAGUGGCGUUCUGAUGAUUCUUUGACUAAACUUUCUGAACAUUGACAACAUUUGUUUUGUAUUAACAAAAGUGGGUUAAUUGUGAAUAAAAAAGAUGGGGAAAAACGACAUAGUGAAUGUAAUAUACAACAUAAGAAUGUCACUGAUGGCUGUCAUUCUUGUCUUGGGACUGUUUGGGAAUACCAUGGCAAUUGUGAUCAUGCAGCAGAAGAAAUACAAAAAGAUAAGCACGUGUUUAUAUAUGACUGCCAUAUCCGUGGUAGACAACAUGCAGAUAAUACUAUACUUGAUAUUUUGGGUAUAUCAAGAAAUCAAAAAUGAUCAAAUUGAUAAGGCUUAUUGCAUGCUGCGCGUUUUUUCUAUUGGAUGGACAUUGGAGGCAUCUACCUAUCUCAUUAUAGCAAUGACCAUAGAUAGGUCUCUGAUGCUAAAAAUGCCACAUACUAAAAAAUGGAGGGCACCUAAGCGUGUGAAAAUAAUAAUAUGUUUAGUUAUCGUUUUGACUUCCUUCAGAAAUGCGCAUCGUUUCAAAUUUGCGACCACGAUAUUCGAUGAGAAUUUGAAGCACUUAACUUGUUCAUUGUACAGAGAGGAUUAUCCGGGUAGCCAGGAAUUCGCCAUAAUUGAUGCCCUCGUCCAGACAAUCAUACCAGCGUGUAUCUUGCUAUCUUUCAACAGUUAUAUCAUACAUAAAAUGAAAAAGAAGGUUCAAAUAGGAGUUGCCUUAUCAGCGAACAUUCCGAAUCAACAACCAAAUGAAAAUCUAUUUAAAGCGAAACAACGUGGGAUCACGGUUAUGUUGAUAUGCGUGUCAUUCGGGAUAGUAGCAUUCACACUACCUGUUUUCCUCAUGAUAAUGAUUGCGAAGAGGAUUGACAAGGACUAUCAAAAUAUCAUCAUCUUUGGAUUUUAUCAACUUUCCUUGACAAUAUAUUUCAUGAGUUUUUCCGCAAACUUUUAUAUAUGUCUUAUUGGGGGUUCAAGGUUUAGAAAAGAUGUGAGACGGUAUCUGGGCAAAUGUUUCCCACGCAGAUGUACAUUAACGAACGUUGUGGCUCCCGUACAUUGAGUAACUCAACAAAGGAAAACGAAGGAUUGCCCAUCCAAAUUCUGACAGUGAUGUAAGACAAUAUCUCGACAAACAUUUUCCAUUCAGAUGUACAUUAACGAACGCUGUGGCUCCCGUAUAAUGAAUUGCUCAACAAAGGGGCACGUCCACUGUAGAAUAGUCCACCCUAAUUCAGUCAAAGAUUUAAGACGAUAUUUGUACAAACGUUUCCAAUUCAGAUGUACAUUAACGACAAUGCUGUGGCUCUCGUAUAAUGAAUUGCUCAACAACAUUUGGACAAACGUUUCCCAUUCAGAUGUACAUUUACGAACGCUGUGGCGCCCGUUUAUUGAAAUGCUCAAAAAAGAACAAGUAGGAUAGUGCCGAUAAAUCCAGACAUUGAUGUUAAAGAUGUAAGACCAUAUUUGGGCGAAUGUUUCCAAAGCAUGCGUAUAUUAACGAACAUAUUGCAUCCUGUAUAUUGAAUUGCUCAACAAAAGAACACGUGGGAUAGCCCAGCCAAAUCCAGACAGUGAUAUGAGAUGUAAGACCAUAUUUGGGCAAAUGUUUACCAUGCAGAAGUGCAUUAACGAAUACUGUGAAUCCCGUAUAUUGAAUUGCUCAACAAAGGAGCACGUAGGAUAUUGUAGCAAAUUCAGGCAGGUAUUGCUUGGGGGGAAAAUUAGGACAUUGAGAUCGACUAACUUGCUUGGUGUUUUAAAAUCUGCAAAAUAAAAUCAUGUAUUGAUUUUAAAAAAUCUUGCUCAGGUGAGCUUCUUUAUUUGACUGUCAUCAGUAAUUGGCCACCAAAGGCAACACAAAUAAGGGCAGGGUCCAUUUAAUGGAGACAAUGCAAUACAAUAUAACAUAUGGGGGAUAGACGGAAAAUGGUUGGUGUCAAUCCAACAUUUCAGUUGAUAUUAAUAUCUCAUUAAAGGCUUCAAACUGCUAAAUGGCGGAAAGGAGGGUAGGGUAUGUAUGAACCUCUUUCCCCUUCUUUGUAAUAUACAGGAGAAAUAAUCCAUAAUUCAAGGAUGAGCCUCAAACUGCUAAAUGUCAGAAGGGGGGGGGGGGGGUAUUUUCCCCCUCCUUGUAAUAUGCAGGAGAAAUUAUCCAUAAUUCAAAGAUGUGCCUCAAACUGCCAAAUGGCAGAAGGGGGGGGGGGGGGUAUGGUCCUCUUUCUUUAUAAUAUACAUGGGAAAUAUUCAAUAGUUCAAAGAUAAGCCUAUCUUCAUGUAAAGAUGUACACAAAGGCCUGACCAUCAAUUUGUUUGGUCAUCACAAUCACAUUUGCUUGAUUUAUGACUGCUAUUUGUAAUACAUGAAAAGAGACAAGCAAAUCACUGUGUAAUACAUUUUACCCUAUGUAAUUACUUGUCUCUGGUUUUUCUCUUAACAGGGUGUGAAGAUAAAGGUAUCCACUGUAAUUAAGUUGUAUAAAAUAUUUGUACAUAUUAAAUGACACAAAGGAAAU